GUAACACUCCUCAGUCCCCCUCUCGUAUAUACAUAUAUAUAUAUAUAUAUUCAUACACGAAAGUGGUGGUGCAAAAAAAAAAAAGGAAGAACAAGACAAACCAAAAGACAUUAAGAGCACAAAAAAAAAAGAGAAUUUCAUAGCUCAAUGGCUACCGGAAACAUAUCAGACACUGCGUUAAAAUACUUCGAGGAAAAGGGCAUUAAAAUGCUCUUAGAUGAGGCAUUCCACGAUUUAUUGGUUGCGUUGCCUGACGAUCCACUAACGUUUUUGUUGAACGCGUUUGAAAAGCCGUCUGGUCUCCGCCUUAUGGUCGCAGGAUUAUUCGGUAGCGGAAAAAGUACGCAGUCCAAACUGCUGGCUGAAAAGUAUGGACUUUGUUAUAUCAGUGCGGGUGAUUUGUUGCGUAAACAAAGUGCCGGUACAUCAGAAAAGGCGCAGCUAAUUUCUUCUUAUUUGGACCGAAAGGCCCUUGUACCGGACGAGCUCUUUAUAGACUUGGUCUUUGAAGCGUUACGUCCUGCACAGGAAAGUGGCCGUGGGUGGAUUCUAGAGGGAAUCCCGCGAACACGCGCCCAGGCUAUCUAUCUCCAGACCGCAGGAAUAUUUCCCCAGAGGUUCUUCUACCUGGAUGUUUCCAAUGAGGUAUCAGCGCUCCGCCUAUCAAAAACGUGUAGGAACACCGUGCGUACACCAUCUUCCCCAGAUCCACCGAAGAUGGAUAACACUUAUGAGGCAAUAAUUUUGAGUUUGAACAAUUCCAAGUCUCAAUAUCAAGAGCUUAUUGAGUGCUACGAAUCUUUUUUUGUUCGCAUUAAUGCGGAGAGGACAGUUGAAGAGGUACAUGAGGAACUAUGUGCUCAAGUGAUGUCUUUAGGGUUGCCCCCAUAG